AUGGAGAGAGAGGAGAGGAAGCGGCAAUGGGGAAGGCAGGAACUCUUCCCAAGUCUACAGUACCCGCCCGGGAAUAAGGCGCGCUUUAGGCGCCUUCAGAGCCGGGGGCCUUCAGGCGCGCAAGCCCCAGCGUCGGCGCCAGAAGAGGUCCCGGCGCCAGAAGAAGAGCCUCGAGGUAGUUGCCACGGCCCCAGGGCGGAGUCCUCUGAAGCGCAAGGCUUCGUCGACAGCAAUCAAGGCAUGGCGUGCAGCGACCGUGACACCGGCUACCGCAGCCCGGGGGUCGACGAGGACGAGGAAGAACUUCAUAAUGCGGAGCCUACCUUGAACUCGGAGAAUGUAACCGGAGGAGAGAAGGAGGUUACGCCGCCCGAACCUGAGCCCAGAGAAGAAGCAGCAGCAGCAGCAGCAGCAGCAGACUUCUUGGAUGAGGUCAAUCUCAACUUACUGGACGAAAACCGUGAGGGCGGCGGCGGCGGCGGCGGUCUUCAGCCCCCGCAGCAGCAGGAGGAGCUGGCCCCUCCGGCCGCCGAGGGGCCACAGAUCUUACCGAGAGAGCCGCGCCGCCACCGUAGGGUGUUCACCGACUUGCAGGUGUGGGAGCUGGUGAACGCUUUCCAGCGCAAUCUUUACCCCGACGUGUUCGCGCGAGAGGAGCUUGCAAGACGCUUGAAUUUGCCUGAAGCCACUGUGCAGGUUUGGUUUCAGAACAGAAGGGCCAAGUUGAGAAGACAACAGAGGGAACUGAUGUCCAGAAAUCUGAUGCCCACUGCCUUGCACCGCCACAUGGGGAUAUAUUUUGAUGGGCCCCGUCAGGGGUCCCCAACCUCCGAGGCGCGGACCGGUAGCGGGCCUCGGCCUGUUAGGAAACCGGGCACACAGCAGGAGGUGGGCGGCGGGCGAGAGAGCAAAGCUUCACCCAUCACUCGCAUUACUGCCUGA